CCUGGCGGGGUGGGGCAAGGUCUAGUGUAGCGACGUCAGGCAGCGCCGCUUCCGUCUGCUGCUGGCCGGAACUGUGGGGGGCAGCUAUGGGGGCGCAGCUUAGCACGCUGGGAGGUAUUGUGAUUUAUCCAGUAUGGCUAGUUUACACCUUCAUCAUGCGGCUCUUCAGGAAACCCCAUCCAGCAAUUACCUUGCAAGACCCUGAAGUGAAAUAUGCAUUAAGACUGAUUGACAAGGAGGAAGUUAGCCAUGAUACAAGGAGAUUUCGUUUUGCCCUUCCAACUCGAGAGCACAUUCUGGGUCUCCCUAUAGGACAGCACAUCUACUUGUCUACUCGGAUUGAUGGGAAUCUGGUCAUCAGACCCUACACACCUGUGUCCAGUGAUGAUGACAAAGGCUUUGUGGAUCUUGUUGUGAAGAUUUACUUUAGAGGGGUCCAUCCAAAGUUCCCUGAUGGAGGAAAGAUGUCUCAGUACUUAGACAGCCUCAAAAUAGGAGAUACCAUUGACUUUAGGGGACCCAGUGGCUUACUUGUCUACCAAGGAAAAGGCAAGUUUGCUAUUCGUCCUGACAAGAAAUCUGAACCUGUUACAAGAACAGUGAAAUAUGUUGGAAUGAUUGCAGGUGGAACUGGGAUAACACCCAUGCUACAACUUAUACGAGCCAUCAUGAAGGAUAAAGAUGAUCCCACUGUUUGCAAUCUUCUGUUUGCUAAUCAGACUGAAAAGGAUAUCCUGUUGCGCCCAGAACUAGAGGAAGUCCGGGUUGAAUAUCCGGACCGCUUUAACCUUUGGUACACAUUGGAUAGAGCACCAGAGAAUUGGGAGUAUAGCCAGGGGUAUGUGAAUCAAGAUAUGAUCAGAGACCACAUGCCUCCACCUCAAGACGACGUUCUGAUCCUAAUGUGUGGUCCUCCUCCAAUGAUCCAGUAUGCUUGCACCCCCAACUUGGACAAGCUGGGGUACAUCAAGGACAUGGUGUUCUCCUACUAAAGAUGACUGAGGGUAUAGUUAUGCAGUAGGGUGGAGAGAGAGAGAUCAUGGAAGGAAAAGCAUUUAAUGGGGAACAAGACAAAAUACACACAAGGGUGGGUGCUACAGUGCUGGGAAGUUCCAUUUCAAUUAUAAAUGCUUAUGUCUUCGUGGCUUAGCAGACUUAAAGUGUUAGAAUAUAUUAUGUUUCAUGCUGUACCAAAACUUGGUACAGCAUGAAUGUCACCAUAUUGUAGUUGGACAGUGGUGUGUGGUACUCUUUUACAGUGCACAUACCACUUGCAUCUGACAGAAAGACCACUGAAUUAUAUUCAGUCUCCCAGCCAAUAGUAAAAGUUUCUUGGAGAAGAACUAUUAUGUUGACUUAAUGCUAUAAUCAGGAGUAACUAAUUACUUACCAACACUGUACAUCUGGUAUUUCACGAGGUUGAGAGUGCAUGUUUAUGUACCUUGCUAUACCAAAUCAUAAUCCUCACAACGCUUUUAUAGUAGGAGGGCCAAGAGCACCUGCAUCAUCCAGCGCUCCUUACAGCAGCAAAAGCUUCAGGCUAACUUUUGGUUGAAGGUUGGCAGUUAACUGGUUGCAAUAGAAGUGCAAGGCAUCACUUUAACACACAGCAGUAUGAAGAACAGAAGAGUUUACUUCCAGUUUUCUGUGUUUCAGAUUUUUAAAAAAGUAUGAAGAGUAAACCUUUUCCAGCUAGCCACCUGUUGUAACCAUUCCCAUCCCAUGGCACUGAAAUGAGGUCUUAAAAGGCAGAAGGCUUUGUGCACUAAUUCUUUGAAGAAUUGGGGGUGGAGGGGUGUCUCGGGGUUGUUUUUUUUUUUUUUUUUUUACUCGGAAGAGCUGAUGGUGCUGUUGUGGAAAAAGAACAGUUGUGCGUGUUCCCUCUGCAGGAAAUCUAUCUAUAUAGAUCUGACAGGUGAGUCCCUUUUCUCUAGGACUUCCCUUCUGACCUUUCUCCGCUACUGUGCUCAGCAAUGACUGCACAGAAGGCAGUUCUUCACUGUGCUGUGUUUAACCACAUAGUCUGUUGUCCUUGUAUACAAUUACUCCUCCUACCUAUACCGUAAAAAAAAAAAAAAAAAAAAAAAAAAAAAAAAAAAAUCAGGGCCUCCACCCUACAUGCUUUGCUCAAGCAAAACUCAAGUAGAAGUCUGCCUGGAAAAGCUGUUGUCAGCUCAAACUUAAGUCAAACUGACAGCAACUUUAAAAUGUCUCUCUGAAUCCAAAAGUGCUUCUUAAGGACAGUAGUUUGAUGUAGCUGAGAGUUAAGCAGCUUGUACCUAAUAUUAAUGCAUCUCAUAACCAAAAUUUUCUACCUUCAAGAGGUAGAGAUACUCCCACGUCUGAAAGUGAUCCGCAGGCCAAACUUAAGUAAUAAGAUCUUGUUCUGAUAAAUAAAAUGAUGAAGGCUGGAAGCAUUUACUUGCCUGCAAAGUACUAGUUAAAGGCUGCUUCUGUUGUUGAGUGAUCUCUAAUUUUCAUUGUACAGAGAUACAAGUCACUAUCUGAGAUAAUUUGCCAUGUCCUCUGUGCCUACGUACAAGCUUGGCUUUCUCUACUUAAGGCUAAUUUCUGGUUUGACUUCAGUGAGGAAAAGCUAAACCUGUGACAAAUAAUUCUAUUAACUUAAUUUUAUUAGCCAGGCCUCUGCCUGGGACCUCUUGACUUAUGUGCUUCUUGUAGUCUGAAAUUUGUUCUUUCAAACAACCGUAUAUUAUAUACCAAUAAUUUCCUCUACAAGUUUAAAUCUGUCUUUGUAACAAGUAACCAGUGAAAAUUUAAACAGUGAUCAUUCAUUCAUAUCCAUGUGGGGGAAAACAUACCCAAAGACCUUGUCAUAACUGUAUUAACACUUAAUUUUGAUGAGUAACUUCAGCUGGUCAAUUGUAAGCUGUUUUGUAUUCCUUAUCCUGCAUAUCUAGCUACUGGGCUUUUUUCAAAAUGUUUGUGCAAGAAAUAAAAUAUUUUACAGUGGA